CACGUACAGUUAGCAAUCUAGUUUAUUAUAUUUAUCUAUGAUUGCAUAUGUUUGCCCUGACGAGAGCUACCCAACGGCGGAAUGAAAAUGUUGUAUUUAUAUUGUGUUGGUACCUACGCGAAUGUUAUUGCGUGUUCGGCGUAUAGCAAACUCGACAAGUGACAGCUGCACGAAUCGCGAUGAAAGGGAAAUGGGAAUUCAGUGUCAAGGUCACUACUCCGUUGUUUACAGUUUGCACUAUUGCGGUAUGUCAGUUAAUAUAAUAUAAUUGUAUUCACGCGACGACUCUAAGGCUGUACGCAGACUGCCUUUUUUGUUAUUGUGAUAUAUUAACGAAGUAUUUUCCGUUGUACCUAUCUUAAGUAUUUAUUUUCGAAAAACGAGCCAACGACAUGGAGUUUAAUUUUGCUAUAAACGAAAUAGCCACAGAGGAGAUAGUGAAAAUAGAUCCAGAGAUGACCGUCAACGGAUGUUACAAAAACGAAAAUUUAAAAGAGAAAAUGGCGUUGAUUGUCGACGCCAUUGGCCAUGCUUCCGCUGUAUCCCAAGAACUCAAGUCGCCGAUAACUAGUGCCAAACAACUUGCCAACUCGAAUCACACGCUGUACAUGAUGACGGAACACCCGAGUGAAGGAUUAUUUGCCGUUGUGGGAUUCUUGAAAGUUGGAUGGAAACAUUUGUAUCUUUAUGACAAAGUCGGUGGCCGUUCUGAAGCUAUGGUUUGUUGUUUGAUGGAUUUCUAUGUGCACGAAACGAGACAACGUAACGGUUAUGGAAUACGUCUGCUACAGCAUGUGCUGAAGGACACCAAUUUGCAAGCUAAGAAUUUGGCUAUUGACAAGCCAACUGGAAAACUUUUACAGUUUAUGUGGAAACAUUUCCAGCUUUCCAAGUUGGUUAACCAAGGAAACAAUUUUGUUAUUUUUGAAGAAUUUUUUCAACAUUCUACUAACGAUAACAAUUCGACAAAUGGAGAACGCGGCAAAGAACACAAGUCGCAGCCAACGUUUGGACGCCAUGAAGCUCAUAAGCAUCACGAUUCAAUGGGUGAAAUUGUUGCAGGCGAUGACAAGCAUAACAAAUACAAAUAUUGUCACAAUGCUGACAUUGUUGAUAAUCAGUUUAGUGAAGUCAACCCACAUCCCGGGAAUUUAGGUGCUUUUGGAAUAAAUGAAGAUGGAAAUUCAGUGAAAAGAGACUUGGAGAGCAAUCACAGUACUUUUGGCAGUGACAAUUCGUCGAUGAGCGAUUUCUAUAACAAUCGGUCAGUCAACGAAAAGGUUGUAAAAAUUGAUCAUAACUUGCAAGCAAUUGGAAAUCAUCAGAACGAGGAAUUACAGAACUCCAUUGGUUUGAUAAUAGAUGGAAUGGGGAAUGCCUCGGCUGUAGCUCAGGAGUUAAAGGCGCCAGUAACUAGUGCAGAAAAGCUUAUGCACUCAAACCACAUUGUUUACGUGAUGACUGAGCAUCCGGCCGAAGAGUAUUUUGGAGUAGUGGGAUUCUUGAAAAUGGGAUGGAAAAAGUUGUACCUUUAUGACAAGGUCGGUGCUCGAUCAGAAGCAUCGGUGUAUUGUUUAUUGGACUUCUACAUUCGCGAAACUAAGCAACGCAAGGGUCACGGAAAGCGUCUUAUUGAUUUUAUGCUGAAGGACGUCAACUUGACAGCUAAGAAUUUGGCUAUUGACAAACCCACUGAAAAACUAAUGCAGUUUAUGUGGAAACAUUUCAAAUUAUCUAAAUUGGUCAACCAAGGCAACAAUUUUGUCAUCUACGAAGAAUUUUUUGAAAACUCAUCCGCCAAGAACGUAACUAGCAAUGAUCGCGCAUCGGGAUACAAAAAGCAAGCGAUGUUUGGACGACAUGGAGCACAUAAGCAUCACGACACAAUGGGCGAGAUUAUUCAAGGAGACGGGGACGCAGCUACUAUGAAAUACAAAUAUUGCGAUAACGCUGAUAUAGUGGAUCAUCAGUUCAAUGAGAUCAAUCCAUAUCCGGAGAUAAAUAAGGUGUACGACGAAAAUGAAGACGGUAGUUUCGUAAAAAGAGAUGAGUUUCUUCAUAGUAAUUUGUGGUAAACAUUCAGUAUUUUCCUUUUAUCAUAGUACAAAUUAUUAUAUUACUCAAUUUAACAGUUAAAUAACAACGUUUUACUAUUUAUACUAUUUUUAUUGGCUAAUAUAUUGUAUUUUAUUUUACUUUUGUGAUUUUUAAGUGCUUAAUUGUAUCUGUUAAAUUCUAUAAUUUUACAACAAAAAUUUAAUUGUUUUUAUUUAUUUACUACUUUUAAUACCAUUAUAAAUAUCAUUUACUUUAAUAAUGUGUG